GGGUUGAUUAGAGGUGCUAUGGAGACGUGUGAACGAUGAUGGCACAAACACAGAAACUUGGCUUAGAGCAGGAAUAGAAAGCCAGUGUUCCGGUUAGGCUGUGAAUAAUUAAGGGAGGUGGGGCUCAGUGCUGCCAGUUGCAAAACUGCAGCGUAAGUUUUGCAGCAGCCACAGCUUGGGACUGCGUUCUGCCGGAGACACCGGGUCUGACAUUUCUGCAUGGAUAUUCAUAUGUUUGGACGUAAGCGACCUCUUUUCAGUGGACAUGAAGAGCAGCUGCUGCCGUCCUGCAAGAGGAAGUGUCUAACAGACUGGUCAAACAGAGCUUUACAGCAUGAUGGACUUAAGGCAUAUGUGUCUCCUACCUGGGUGAGCAGGGGGACCAAAUACCUAACUGACACCAAAGGGCUCUUUGGGCAGAUUCUAUUCUGGUCAAACACCCAAAACUCUGCCAAGAAAGUCUUGGAGCAUCUCCGAUCCAAAGCAGCCAUUGUUGACACUCUGCUCAGUGACUCAGUGAGCAGGAAGUUCUCAACGUUCCACAGAGACAUGACCGAGGAGUGCGGCGCCGAAGCUAAACAACAUUCGUGGGCUGUCCUAGAGAAACCAGAGGAGAUCAUCAUGUACGGACCUUAUUAUCCCAACUACAACAACGGAGAGCACAGCGAGGACAUCAUCAUCAAACAAACCCAGGAGCUGCUGUGUUCAAGGGACGUUCCCGAGGACUGGAAAGUGUACGUUUUCACCAUGAACAGCCCGUGUUUGGUGAGAAACACCGACCCGUGCAUAAACACCGACCCGUGCAUGCUGAGCCUAAUCCAUAAAGCUUGGGAAUGGUGGAGAGUGCAUGGAGUGAAGACUCACAUCGGUUACGUGAGAUGUUGGGGCUUUAAAGGAAACAAAGAAAACCUGUUUAAGGAAAUCAACUUCAGACAGGUGGAAUGUAUAACUCAGGGUGUGGAUUAUGAGAGCUACAGUAAAUUAGCAGAUAAGAUAACUGAUCUUAAUCCUCUGUGCGAAACUGUGUUUUCCAUUGCCAAAGACGUCUUAAGAUCCGAUAAAAAACACUUUCCUAUGAUGUCAAGUGACCAGAAGCAGGACAGGAGGAGUUAUUUCAAAAGCAUGAGCUGCUCAUUCGAAGGAAAGCAAGGAGAUGAGAAAAAACACCUGACAACGGAACUGAACACAAUGAUCGAAGCAGCGGAGGCUCUGCUUUCGGAGAAACCCGAAAGCAUUGAGGAACAUUUAGAGAAGGGAGAGGCAUUCUCAAUGGCUCACACUUUCAGCUCUCAGGUAUGUGAAGCCCUCCGGGAUGAAAUGAGAGUCAGGUUUCAGCAGUGCUGGAGGGAGAUGGUGCAGGACCGGUAUGCAGAGUUUGUCAGGGAUGAGCUGACGGAGAAGUUCAAUCGGAGUACCGUCCAGCUCUUUCUCCAAGAUGUACAGACGUUUACGCGACAGUAUUUGCAAAUUGGAAAGCUACAGCUCUAGGAUGAAGAUUUCAGAGCAAAAAAAUAAAUAAAUGGUGAAAAGAUGACGAAGAAGUCCGUGUUAGACAUAAAGUUGUUAUUCUGUGUCAUGUUUUUGAAACACAAGGGAAAAACUCUGUUUACAUUUCACAUACCAUUUAGAUGAUGUGAAAAUGCCUUGUGGUUAUUACUCCUGCAAUAUCUCACGAAGGAGGCAGAACAUAAUUACACUGGAGUGACGUUUUCAAACAUUUACACUCAAACAUUUGGAAUUUCUGUAGUUUCACACGGAAGUAUUCCACCUUUACACUGAAUGCGUCCUUGUUAGGAGCAAAUUCAAAGACAAACUGUACAAUUGAAGUCCUCUUUUUUAUCAAACAAUGAUAAUAAGAUGAAAAUAUGGACUGGGGUUUAUAAAAAUACAUUUCUGUGAAAAUAGCAUAUUGAAUGCAGGUCUAGAAGGUGUCUAUCUAGACUUAAGUCAGCAGAGGGAGCUAAAUGAUCAGCUGAAAAUGUCAUGCACUGCUUUUUUUCUGUCUUUUGCUGCUUUGGUUGUUUAUUACAUGAAAUCUGGAAGAGAUCUCUGAGAAUCCAGAUUGUAAUCUAAGGGGAAAAGGCACAAAGUGAGUGGAAACACGAAGGAGGUUGUAAUGCUUUGAUUGUUGAGGAGGUAUAAAAUCAAUAUGUUUAAAUUCCCCUAACUGAUUUUAAAUGUGUAAAAUUGAAAAUAUUUUGUGGAAAAGGUGUGUUUUUGUACUAAUUGGAUAUUUAUUUGGUCGAAUUUCAAAGAAAAAUUUAGCAAUCAGCUCAUUUUCAGUUUGGGGUGUUGUGCUGAGAUGUGUUUCCUUGUUGAAAUCUGUUUCCCCCAUCUUAGAUUUCCAGCUACCGGGGUAUCUCCCCUUUCUGAUUUACAUACUAAUUUGACAUAAAUGGAGUAGAGGAAUUCAGGAAACAGAUUUUGAUGAAGAACACAUCUUGACACAGCAAUUCGUUACAAAAAAGAUUCUAAAUCCGAAAAGCAACAUUUUCUGCAACAAGCCAGAUUUUCCAACAUAUUUCUAAAUCAACAAUGUGCAUUUGUGCCGUGCAUUACUUUUGCAGUAGAUAUUUUAUUUAGCCUAAAAGAGCCACCGCAGUUGCAAAACCUCAAAUUUGGCUAAAUCACGAGGAAUAAAACCAUAGAAAGGCCGUUUUGUUUUGGCCCUGUUCUGAUUUCCUUGAACUUCUAGUCUGAAAUCCAAACUGCUUCUCCAAACGGGGGGAUUUGCUGAUGUCUAGUAACAAUAAUACUCUAAAUACUCAUGAGUACUUUCCCAAACCUCUAUUCAAAGAGAAAAUACAUGAACUAUUCCUCUUAUUACCUCUAAAAAUAUCCCAUUAACUAGCUGUGACUCACUGAGGCUGUGACUGGUUGAAUGUUUGAUUGCUUUAAGUGAUCAGAUCAACCAAAGGUGAUCCACCUUUUACACUACAUGUACUGUUUCAAUGAAAUAAUGUGAAUUUGUAGAAGAAAAAAAACCUUGAAAACCACAAAAGGAAUCCUGUUGUUUUUUGUUCUGUUGUGGCGUGGUUGCAUUAUUGUGCUGUUUAUUUUUCAAUAAUAAUGUGAACUGGCCCUUUAAAUACA